UCGUCCCUUAGCAAGAGGCGAUGGGGCAGGAGAGGGACCCCACUGUCGUUCGGGUGCAGGUGGGUGGCGAGGGUAUGUCUGCCUUGGACCCGGGGCCUGAGGAGGUAGCAUGAACCGGUUGACUGGCAAACGGGAUUGGGCCAGCCAGAGAUGGUGCCGGGAGGUAACCACCUGCACCAUGGCCCAUCCGUUGGCGCGGGCCACAUCCCUCUGGAGCAGGGAGAGCAGGCGAGACAUCUCCAUCGCUUCCCGGAGGAGCUCCUCUGUGCCCUCCUGCAGUUAGGGCAACAGAGUCUGCAGGUAGGCCUGCAGCAGCAUGGCCGUAUUGGUAAGGUGGCCAAGAGAGCAGAGGGACCCAUAUGUGGCUUUCAAGUCUGCAUCAAAGACUCUGGGUGGGGGUUCCGGCUUCAGUCGCGGUUUCCACCCUAUAAUCUCUUGGUCCAGGAGGACCAUGGCAGCUAUCAUGUUGUCCAUAGUCGGGUACUUCCGGAGGCCGAGUGACUCCACGUCCGCAACAUAUCUCCAUGGUCUAGUCUUUGCUGUGAGUCGGAAGCGCCCCCAGGCAGAGGCCCAGCUCUCAUGCAAGGCCUCGCGGAACUCAGCAGAGAUGGGGACAGAUGGAGAGUCCUCACUGUCCACCAGUUUGAUGUCCAGUGCAGUGGCUACCCGAGUGAGUAGGCUCCUCAUAGCCUCUCGAGCUUCUGGGGGGCGAUGAAGCCCCGUUGCCAGCUUCUGAUGGCCUGGUAGCCCUGCUCACGGUGGUGAACAGCGCUAGCAUCGUCCCCCAGGAACAGCCUAUCACUGGCCAACAGGGAACAGCUGUCGUCGCCAUCGAACCUAUCAACCUCCUGAUGCAGGGCAUGCACCUUCCGUUCAAGGUGGUCUCAGCGGUCUGACUCAUGCCCCCGUCCAGGACUGGCAGCAGAAGGGCCCAGUCGAGAGGCCUGAGGUGGCUUCGGCCACGCUUCCUGGGAGGGGUACUGGGCCCAGUAGAGGGAUUAACAGCUCGCUGCGCACCACUCCUGAGGGAGGGAGCUUGUUCCCAGCCUUAGCCCGAGGUUGGCCGACCCACUCGCGCAUGGCCUCCAAUCACGUCAGGAGCAGGUGUUCUGAGAACACCACACAAAACAGGGAUCCAGUAGGGCGUUCCACCGCCCUCUCCGUGUGGCUCAAACGCAGGCAGUGCAUAUACGAGGUAUGCAGAUCCCCAGGGGGGAAGCCACCAUCACAUCUGUCAAAGGGAAGCCAUAAGCUCAGCCAAGCCAACAGAGCAGGAGUCCGACGCCCUGGGAGGGCUUAUAUAGUGACCCGCUUAGAGGAAUAGGAACCCGGAGAGGGAUAAAUUACCCAGUACCUCCGCAAAAACCGGGGAAGACCCAUAUAUUUGAAAAACAGGCAGACAAAAAAACAGCAACCAGGUAAUGGAUUUGAUUUGUAUGUUAGUUUAAAUUUUUACUGCAAUAUUACCUUUUAUUAUCCAAGCAGUAAAAACAGCACUAUAUCAUGGAGUAACUUCGUUAAGGAACUUCAAAGUUAAUGUCUCAACGUAGUGGAAGCCCACCACAAUACUCUUACCUUCUGCAGGGGAAAGAACAAGAAAAAACCUUGCAGGAUAAUUAGCAGAGAACCAAUUCACAACACACACAUUGAACAAGCUAGUGGGCAAGUUGUGUAAGGUAAAUUACAGUUUGUGGCAACGAGCCACCAUACUAAUGGAUGCACACGGAGUCGUAGUGUAACGCUAACGAAACACAAGUAUGACAAACCACGGGCGGAAGAUACAGAUCAACCACGCGCAGCAGGUGGAGCACUCGAGGGGCUGGCCAUGUGGCCAACUGCUCCAGGCUGCAAACAGCCAGUCUGUUCCAGAAAGAAGUAGGUCCAGACCGAUCCAGCUAAGGAGUGAUACUGAGCAGAUACAUGGAUAGCCAAAUGAAGCAACGCGUCUUCACUGGGGUCGUGACCCAGCUCCAGGAGCAUUAUGGGAUGGUGGACCAGGAAGUGCGUUUUCAGAAGAGUGUGGUGAAGGGGAGAGUUCCGGCACUGGGGGAGAGGGUGCUGGUAAAGGCUGUCCUGGAUCUGUCUCAAUCACACAGCUGGAGCGCCCAGAGAGUACAGACCCUCACAGAACACACACAGACGGCAAAGUUUCCUCGUCCUCUCCUGCCCUCCAUGAUGCCUGCACACGCACAGAAACCGGGCAUUCUGGGUAGCAAGCCACAGCCUCUCCUCAAAUCUCCCAAGAUCCCUCCUCUCAUCCCCAGCAUCCUUCACACUGUGGCCAAGCCGGGGUUGCUGCAGACUCCAUCAUGGGGGGGUCAGUUUGAGGGCUGGGGCAGAGGCAUCAGGAAGAGACCUGCUGAGGCAGGGAGACGAGGAGACCGCCGGGAGGACAGUGGAGUGAGGGGUUGUGACCAGAAGAGGAGGAGGUGGAAGGAGGAGGAGGAUAAGGGAGCUCACCCCAAAAAGACCUCCCCUACCCCAGUUCAGAGUCCCGCCCUCUUCUCUUGCUUCCCCAGGGAUUGUGUGUCCUGUGACAGUCUAGAGCUACAGCGUCGCUACCCCCAUCUCCCUCUCCCCCCAUCCGUCUGCCACCUGUCAAUCAGUUGGAUUGACAGCUUUCCUCCCUCCCAGCCCCUCCCCUUCCCCCUCCCACAGCCCUGCCUUUACCACAUAGGCCCCGUCGAGGCUGACCAACACACACACACUGAGAGAGAGGGUGCAGAGUGCACUGUAAAGGUGCUGCUGUUGUCCAUGGCCAGUUCAGAGGCGCUGUACAGACAGUGCUGUGGGCUGCAGGACCGGAAAGAACAGCAGGAAGGUGCUGUGCACCCUGCCUCUCUCAUCAAGUUCCUGUUGGGGGAGGUAGGGGGUGAGUUUCGGGCCCUGGGGGGUCCGUGGUGUCUUGAGACAGAUGGCGGCGGUCCCAGUCCGCUUAAGGACCCUCGGGCACUGCUGAGGACAGCCCUGCGCUGUGUGAGGGAACAGAGUGGACUGGACCUCAGUGGCUGCUCCCAGUGGUAUAAGAUGGCUGAGCUGAGCUAUGUUUGUGAGGGGAAGCUGGAGACAGUGGUGUUUUUGUUACCUGAUGUCUGGAGGAUCGUACCUACAGAAGACGACUGGAGCACACUCAGGACUCAGGAGGAGGAAGGGGCCCCUCUCCCUGCCGCUCCAUGCCUGGUUGCAAGGCCCCGUCCUGGGCUAUCCCUCUGCCCCGUCCCCCUCUCCUCUCUCCUGGAGCCCCACACCUCCACAACCAAGGAGGCCUUUGAGGUGGGCUUGCUGGCAGAGUUGUUUUGUGAGAUGCUUCAGAGGGACUUUGGUCUACUGCUCUACCGCUGUCUCUGCUCUCUAACGCCUACACACACACCCACGGAGGAUGAACAGAUAAAGAACGACAAAAAGCAGAGAAUACGGGAUGAGAGGAGUAAAAGAUUUCAGGAAAGAGGAGAGAGCGGAGGGAGAGCAGCGGAGGAGACUGAUGAAGAUGGAGAAGAGAUAGAUGAGAAAGAAAGAGAGGGAGAGGGAGAAAGAGAGAUGUUGGGAGAGGAGGGAAUUACUAGUGAGAAUUCAGACUGCCUCUUAAAGCACAAUGUGCUGUCUCGUAGGGUGUUGUUGGCCUGUGUGUUCUUUGACAAACGGCUCACUGGCAGCCUCAGACAAGCAGACCUUCACAACAUCUUACUAUCACUAGGGCUGUGGCUCACACCCACCCAAGUCCAGGUGUUGUUGAAUAAGGUGUGUGUGGACGGGCAAUGUCCAUACAGGAUGCUAGCCUCUCGCUGGGAGGAGACGGAACACACAGAACCUGAUAUCAGCAUGGAAGGUAACCGUGGGUUGUUUCGUGGAGCUCCAAAGAAGGAGAAGGCUUGUGGCCGGAAGUCUGGGGGAUCCAGGGGGCCAGCUGCAGCUGUGGGGGCUGAGGUGGUCUCCUACAAGGGCAGUGUGGUAAACAUCCCCAGCCUGCUACAGGCCAUGGAAGCAGCAGACAGAACACGGAAAGCCCUGGAGCUACGCAUCGCCACCCUACAGGAUGCACUGGUGGAUGCUGCGGCUGUCACUCAGGGCCAGGAGGAGGGUCUUAGCAGCAGGCUGGAGAAGGUGGAACUUCGAAGCUCAUCCUAUGAGAAGAAGCUGAAGGAGGACGCUGGUCACAUGUUCGCCCUCAUCCACAAAAUGCAGGAAAUGGUCGACAAGACAACAAGCCUGACUCAAUCAAAAACAGCAAAUGAAGAGCACUGAUUGGUCGGAGCAGAACAGAGAUGUGAAGAUCAACUUGAAAGAUUACAUUAUUGCAUACACACACGCACCAGCCGGCGUGACGGAGAUGAGUGAGUGACUACACACACAUACAGUCAUGACCGAAAGUAUUGGCACACUUGAUAAUGAGCAAAAAAGACUGUAUUUAAAAAAUGAUACAAUUACUGAG